CUAUUUCCCCAUCCACCCCAAGAAAAAUAAAAAAUCGGCUCAAAUUCACUCCAAAUAAAUCCCAAAGCAAACCCAAAUGCACCCCAAAUAAUCUGAUCGCCAUUCUCACCCUUUCUCCUUUUCUCUUCCUGCUCAAACCACAAAAAAAAAAGGGUACGAAAUCUGGCGAAAUCUUAUGGAAUGACGGACUAUCGGUUAGCGCCGACGAUGAAUCUUUGGACGGACGACAACGCAUCGGUUAUGGAAGCCUUUAUGAGCUCUGAUUUUUCUGCUUUUUGGCCGCCCCCGCAAUCCUCUGCAUCCACUUCCACACCAGCUGCUGUUGCUGGUGGACCGGACCUUUCGAAGUCCUCUCUCGCCCAAUCUCAGCCCUCCGUUUCUCUACUCAAUCAAGAAACCCUUCAACAGCGUCUCCAAGCCCUCAUCGAAGGCGCCCGCGAGUAUUGGACUUACGCCAUUUUUUGGCAGUCCUCGUACGAUUGCUCCGGCACUACUGUACUCGGCUGGGGCGAUGGGUAUUACAAAGGCGAAGAAGAUAAAGGAAAGGGAAAGUUGAAGGCUUCUUCAUCUACAGUUGCGGAACAACAGCACCGUAAAAAAGUGCUUAGAGAACUUAACUCUUUGAUUUCCGGCUCUACAGCCACCACCGAUGAUGCCGUCGACGAAGAAGUCACCGAUACUGAGUGGUUCUUUUUAGUAUCCAUGACGCAGUCUUUCGUCAACGGCAGCGGGCUUCCGGGACAAGCCCUUUUCAAUUCGAGUCCGAUUUGGGUUGCUGGGUCGGACCGGUUAGAGAGUUCGAUGUGCGAGAGAGCGAGGCAAGGGCAGGUUUUCGGUUUGCAAACGAUGGUUUGUAUACCGUUGGCAAAUGGGGUUGUUGAAUUGGGGUCAAUGGAAUUUAUCAUGCAAAGCUCAGAUCUGAUGAAUAAUGUUCGGGUUUUGUUUAAUUUCAAUAAUGGAAUUGAAGCUGGUUCGUGGUCUAUGAGUAAUAACACAGCUGAUCAAGGCGAAAAUGAUCCGUCUUCGCUCUGGAUUAGUGAUCCAAAUAAUGGAGUCGAGCUUAAGGAAAGCAAUAACAACGGCAACAACAAUAAUACUAGUAAUCAGAAUCAGCAGAUUCAGAACUCGAUUCAGUUCUGUGACAAUCCGAGUUCGAGUAGUUUAACUGAGAAUCCGGGAUCUAUUCAUGCUGGAAAUCAUCAGCAGGGGCAGAGUUUCUGCAUGAAUUUCUCCAAUUAUGGCUUUGAUGGGAGUAGCAGUGUAAGGAAUGGGAACUCUUCUUCUCAUUUGUUGAAACCAGAAUCAGGGGAGAUACUGAAUUUUGGCGACAGUAAGAGAAGUGGGAAUGGGAAUUUGUUCUCAAGGAACUCUCAGUUUGUGGUGGAGGAGAAUAAGAAGAAGAGAUCGCCUACUUCGAGAGGGAGUAAUGAAGAGGGGAUGCUUUCGUUUACUUCUGGUGUAAUUGUGCCUUCUUCAGAUGUGGUGAAAUCAAGUGGCGGUGCUAGGGAUUCGGAUCACUCUGAUAUUGAAGCUUCUGUCGUUAAGGAAGCUGAUAGUAGCAGAGUUGUGGAGCCUGAAAAGAGGCCUCGGAAACGAGGGAGAAAACCGGCUAAUGGAAGAGAAGAGCCUCUGAAUCACGUUGAAGCAGAGCGUCAAAGAAGAGAGAAGCUUAACCAAAGGUUUUAUGCCCUGCGAGCCGUGGUUCCUAAUGUAUCAAAGAUGGAUAAGGCAUCACUCCUUGGUGAUGCAAUUUCAUAUAUUAACGAGCUUAGGACAAAGCUACAGAAUGCAGAUUCGGAGAAAGAGGAGUUGCAGAAACAAAUAGAUGAGAUGAAGAAAGAAUUGGCAAGUAAAGAGUCUCGUUCUGCACCACCACCACCACCUGAUCAAAACCUCAAGAUGUCGAACCACCUUGGCAAUAAAUUGAUAGAUUUGGAUAUUGAUGUGAAGAUCAUUGGAUGGGAUGCAAUGAUUCGAAUCCAAUGCAGUAAAGAGAACCAUCCAGCAGCAAGGUUAAUGGCUGCCUUGAAGGAGUUAGACCUCGAUGUGCAUCACGCUAGUGUGUCAGUAGUGAAUGAAUUGAUGAUGCAGCAAGCCACUGUGAAGAUGGUGAGCCGGUUUUACACACAGGAGCAGCUUAGGCUAGCACUGGCAUCCAAAGUUGGAGAUGCAAGAUAGAGAGUAUUGAGCGGAGCUUGAUCUGUCUAAGCAAUUGGGAUAGAGCUUGAUCGGAGAUAAACAGGGCCAGAGUUUCAUUGUUUAAAAUGGCUUCAGGGCCUCUGGGACAUUUUAAGGCUCCCGGUAGCACAUGCUCUGUAAAAUAUUGUUCUAUUUUGUUCUUAAGUAGUGUUUAGUAUAGUUAAUAGUUUGAGAGGUGAUCUGAAUCAAGGAGAAGCUUAACUGGUUAGCAGGUUGAUUGAUUUCCUAUUAAUUUUAACACUGAUUAACCUUGUUGAGCUGCAGCCAACUGGAAAUAGCCUUUUUGUGUUAAAUCUUGUAGUAGUAUGUCUUCAAUGUAUAUAGCAUGUUAUUAAUUUGAACCUGAAUGAAGUUCUGGGUUUGUUACUGUGUUUCCU